AUGAUUUCAGUUGUGCAAGAUUCACCUUGUGAUAUAGAAUUAUUAGAAAAAAAAGCUGAAAUAAUCAGCAAAGAUUUUCAAAAUAGUUCAUUUGAUGAUCCACAUUUUGAACGAUUAUGGUUUGAAACAUAUGAAUAUCGAAAAAAUUUUAUAAAACAAAACACAGUUGAAGAUAUUUCAAAACAAUUUCCAGCUUACUCAAAUCCAUCUAGGAUUUUAGCAGAUGUUAAAAUGUUAACAGGUAUUGAUUUGAGCCAUUCGGUUCAAGAAAAACUUGAUACACUUGCUGAUAAAAUCUGUACUACAACUAAAUUUCCAACCGGUAUUUUAUAA